ACCGUAAAUCAGACAUUGUGCGGUCACCUUCAACAAAUACACUUCCCCCCCAGCAGUACAGAAAUAACUGUUCAUCAGUAUGUAUGUAAGUAAGCAUUGGAAUUACUGAUUCCCAAUCAAAGCGUGUACUUGAGACGGCAAAGCUUGCAAAAGCGGUUUCAUCCCUUUGCUUGGUGUUCUGGCAGUGAGAUAAGAAAAUAAUUGGUCCUUGCGAAGCCUGCCAAAGAUGCCAAGUAAAGGCCGCAUGACGUUCUUUUUCACGCUUCCCAAUAUUCACCAUAUUGAAAACCAAUUUCAAGUUGCCCACCACACUGCAACUUUCAACAAUGCCGAGCAACUGUUGCCAACAACAACUUUGUGUGAUCAAUAAUCAUAGAGGAAAUCAUCAAUUUGAGUAGAAAUUCAAAGUGUAUUUUUACUAUCGUCAAACAAAUAAAAAUAAAAUAAAAAAAUUAAUUAUAACGAUUAUACAAAACGGAAAAAAAGUAUUACAGAAAACACGGCAGUUAACUAAAACAAUAAUAACAAUAGAAGAGUAAUCAAAAAAGCUGAAGCGUUCAAAAAAUUCUAAUUCAAAGCGAAAAUUAGCCGAAGCCAUAACGGUUAUCGGCAAUGGAGCGCUAUUAUGUCGGCGGGGUUAGCAAAGGCACCGACUCAUAUAGCACCACCACCAACAACAAUAACAACAAUGCACGCAAGGAAAUCACCGGUAUAACGCGUAUCACUAAGAAGCGACUAAAAGAGCUAUGCAAAAAGGAUAAACUCUAUCAGACGCCAGCGUUGAACGAUGUGCUCUAUCUGCACUAUCAAGGUAUCGAUUGCAUUGAGUGCUUGGAGGAGUAUACCGGACUCAAAUGCCUUUGGCUGGAGUGCAACGCCAUUUCCGAGAUACAGGGACUGGACAAUCAAAAGCAACUCAAGUGUCUAUUCUUGCAAAACAAUUUAAUAAAACGUAUUGAGAAUUUGGAACAUUGUGCGGAAUUAGACACCCUUAAUCUGGCCUCGAAUCAUAUAAGAAAAAUCGAGAAUUGUGGCUUUGAAGUGUUGCCAGUGUUGAGUACCUUAAAUUUAUCCUCAAACUAUUUGAAGGACUUUGAUGGUCUUAAAGAUUUGGAAAAUUGUCGAACAAUUUCGGUGCUGGAUUUGUCAAAUAAUCGAAUCGAUGAUAUAUUGGUGGUGAAGAUUUUUGCUAAAAUGCCGCAAUUACGUGUGUUGGUAUUGCAAGGCAACCCGGUGGUGUCCAAAGUACCACAAUACCGAAAAACUCUAAUACUGGAAUGUAAAGAAUUAACUUAUUUAGAUAGUCGACCUGUAUUUCCUAAAGAUCGCGCAUGCGCAGAGGCUUGGAAACUAGGAGGCUAUGAAGGAGAGCGUAAAGAGCACGAACGUUGGAACCGUAAGGAACGUAAAAAGAUACGUGAUAGCGUUAAUGCUACGAUUCGCAUGCGAAACAAACAUAAGCCACCAGACCAACAGGAUGCUCUUUUCAAUUCCUCAGAUUCAGAGGAAGAUCGUGCCGAAGCGAAGCGUCAACGUCAAGCAGAAGUAGAUGCUGGCAUAAAUAUGGAGCUAGGCAUAUGGGACGAGGUUGUGAAUGAGAGUAGCAUAUCGGAAACAUCUUCAGACAUGAAUGUUAGCUCGUCAACUUCGGUCUUAGGCACCACUGAUUCAGAUGCAAAUAUUUCCACUGACUCGAAGUCCAUCGAAUUGCGUGCGAAUCUAGACAAAGACGAGAAGAUUACGAACGAUUCUCCAACCACUAAAUCUCAAGCUAUACAUAUAGCAAGAGAUGGUGAUAUGGGAAGCAUUUUGAAUAUUGUUAAUACCACCACAAUGAAAGAGCAAGGUGAGGUAGAGAGUAAAGAUGUAACCGUUGGAGAGAUUUCUGAGCUGGAGACGAGAUAUGAAGAAAAUGCUGUCAUAACAAACGGCGUAAUUGAUCAUCUAUUGGCCACAGAGGUUUUACCGGCUGUCAUGCAGAAAGCUCGUCACAUUGGCAGGCGUUUGCCAGUAGAUAAUCUCUCUGAUUCGGAUGACGUCGCUAAAGAUGAGUAUAAUGCCACAGUCGACGCGAUUUGUAAAAUCGCAAUGAAUGAUCUUUCAACACCUUCGCCGAAGAAACGUAUAAAAUUACAAAUUGAGGUUGAAGAGCAUUUGGAAGCGGAGGAAACAGAGGAGGAACGAUUAGCACAACAUUUCGAUAUAAUAGAAACUGCUAUGGAAACUCGUGACAGGGAUAGCGAAGAUAUAUGCGUAGCACCGGAUAAUAUUGCGUUGUUCAAAGUAAAAGACGCUGACCAAAUGAAGUACGAGAAAGAAUGCGAGGAGGUUAAUCAGAAAGUAGUUGAUGAUUUUGAAGAGCUCUCGAUGCAUAUGGGGAAUUUCAUUGAAGAAAUGCAGAAGGACAAGCAGGUCCUGACUGCUGAAACAGCACUUAUAAAAAACACUCAAAGCAUUCACACAGAUUUCGAGGAACACAUUGCAAAUUUCAAUCUUCUGCACAGGGAUCCCACCCCUGAGAAAUAUAUGGUUACUGUAUUAGAACAUGUUGCGCGAGUAGAAGGGGUUAUGGAGAUUGGCACAAUAACUGCCCCUAGUAAGGAAGUAUGCCAAAAAGAGCACGGAGAGGGAAGCAGCAGCGAUGUUCCACCCGAGGCGAGCAGUCUUGAGAAGAUUGACGCAUUGAACAGUAUGCUUCCCAAUGUAGGAGUACUACGUAAUGAUGUGCCUGGCGAUUUCAUCGAUGCAACAAUGCCACUUAUCGAUACGGUAACCAAGAAAAUGAACACUGAAACUGAAAAAAAUACUUCUGAAACUAUAUGCCAGGAAAAAGUUUAUACUUCAUUCGAACGUGAAGAGCGUGAAUUGCGCCAAUUAUUACAAAAGCUUGAGGAUGAGAAUGAACAGCUAUAUAAUAUCAAUACAGCAUAUCGCCAAGCACUUGAGGAAGACGUACGCGAGGAGAUUAAAUAUCGUGACAAAGAGAUCAGCGAAAACACGCAAAAAAUUUGUGAAGACAUAAUUAAAGAUCUUCUAGAUGAGUUGACUUUAGUGGAACAGAGAACCGACCACCAAUCAACUAAACCUAAAAGCUAUGAAUUUGGUGAAAUUGAAUCAGACGAAGAGUACAGCUACUCAGAUCCACAAAAACCACCAGAGCCGCCAGUGCGCAGUAUACGUGAUGUACUUAGCUCCUUCAAUGAACUACUGCAAGAAAUAGCACGCAAGAACAAAGCAGAGGAGGAACGUAAAGAGCGCGAGUUUAGAGAAGCUGUUUGCCAAAAACAUACAUCCACCGAAGCUCAAAAGUCAGAGAGCUUACAAAAACUUUUAAACUCGCCCAACCUGCGAGACUUUAAUGGAAACACCAGCGAGUUGUUAGAUCAGCAAAUCGCUGCGGAGAGAAACCGGGAGACUCAGCGUGUUCGCAAACUUGUGGACCGGGUUUAUGCUCAAAAAGACAAAUACAAUGAUACCUUGGAAGUAGUGGAUGGCAAGUUGGUGGUGGUAAAGAAGGAUACAGGCGAGAUAGAGGAUUUACCGGAAAGUCAAAUUAAUUAUAGCGAUAGUGAGGAUUCAGAUAGCUAUGAGUCGGCAAAAUCAGAUAAUGGAGUCGGCGCUGAAGCGGUGCGAGUGUGGGAUGCGAAAGUGUGCCGAGAUAAGAGUGAGACCAAGUUGCCUUACAGACCCAGAACAGACUGUUCGCAGGGCGGUGCAGGAGGUACUGAGGUGAUUCGACUGUGGGAGGGGAAAGUACGCCGAGAGGAGGGUGGUAGCAGCUUCAAAUUUUACUAUAGACCAACCGAACGCAUACCAGCUAUGCAAUUGAUACAGAAAGCAAAUGAGUUGAAAGAGAAAGAAGAUGCUGAGCGGGAGGCAGAUGAAGAGGAUGAUAGCGAACAGUUCUAUUCAUUGGAGCCAUCGAAGUCGACAGGAUUUCGUGGCAUCGAUGAGGAUUUCAUUGACAAGUUAGACUUUGAGAAGGUAGAGAUUAACAAAGAAGAUGAGAAUGGGGUGGUAGAGUGUGCACGCAGCUACACCGAGCUCAAGCAGAUCAUAAAGGAGAGUAAGAAAGAAUUGAAUUUGACGGAUGAUGAAAAUGUUAUGCUGCAAAAGAUGAUGGGUCUUGAGGAGCACAAGGACGUUACGCAAUCCACAGAUCCUCUAACCACUGAAGAGAACGACCUAUUACAGAAGAUGGUGCAACGUACGAAGGAAAAGGAAAAAGAAAAAAAGGAAGCCAGUAAUUUGGAGGCAAAAGCAUCGGAGAAGGACGUAAAGCCGACACUUUCAAAGCAGGCUAUGCAAGUUAUCAAACUGAGUACCAACAACAGUCAUACCGGUGAGGUUGAUGGGGACAACUCCAAUAAUUUUAUGAACAUCACGAAAUUGGACGCACAAUUUCGAAUACCGAGCAUUUUCAGAGAUAUGCUAGACGAUAAUGAUCUUGGUAAGAUGGCGUCCAAGUUGCAUGCUGAUGAUGAGUCUGAGUUUAAUGUUUUGCACUGCAUACAAAAAGAACAGUCAAUGGAAGGCGUAACCGAAUUGCACAAAUGUGGGAUAUUUGAGAAUCCACUUGAGUUAGAGAGGGGUGGUAUAGCAUUGGGUCGCGAAAGUGAGGAGGAGGAAUUCAAGGAAUUAGAUACAAGUUACGAUGAACUAGAUGACCCUGAGAGGAGUGCUGAGAGUGACGAGUUGCGCCAGGAGCCUAUAGAAGUGUACAAAGAAAUAGAGAGUGAAGAACUUGAGCAAGAAGCAAUGCUGUUCGAAGAUAGAGGAGUGGUAGCCGAUAAGCGAGAAAGCCUCAGAGAAGUGGUAGAUAGCGUGCUCAACUUUGAUGGUAGUAAUUAUGAAGAAUAUGGCAUAGAUAAGGAAACAGCGCGUGGAGUUGUAGAAUAUGAAAAGUUGUUGAACUUUGGAAUUGUGGAAGAGAAAGAGUUUGCGGAUGCGCCAAUGGGGCAAGAAGAAAUGGAAAAAAUUGUAACAGAGGCGCUGAAAAAAGAUGAAAUGCAAAUAGUAAAGAAAAAGGGUGGUUUUGGAGUAGAAAAAAUUAGCGAAGACGAAAUGCGGGUGGAAAAGGAUGCUCAGGCAAAAGAAGUAAGCGUAUCAGAUGAUGAAACAAAGCGUGGAACUACAACCACAGGAGCUGUUGAAGAGCCUAAGCAGACAUGCGUGUCCACAGAAAAUAAAACAGAAAACAACUUUAAGAACAGAGAGUACAACUUUGAUGACAUUCCAGGUCGCACGGAAAUGGCUGAAGAUAAAUUAAAGCAAUUGCAAAUUAUUGAUAACGAAAACACUGGUUAUAUGGAAAAUUUUGACAGACACAUGCAGAGCAACUUUGGCAAGGACCAGGCAUCAAUGGAUGACGCCGAGUUUCAAGAUUUGUCAGAGGAGUAUAAAGAAUUUCCAGUUUUAAGUGGUAACACUAUUGAAUAUUUUGUUGCUGGUAAUACUAAACCUGAAGAAGUGCAGGAGAUAGAAGUUAUAGAUGCUAUAGAGACCACAUCAAAACUUUUAAAAAACACCGACGUAUCUCACACCGCAGACCGAAGUAGUAAACCUUCACCCACCAAUUUAGAAAAGGCGCGCAGUCUUGAGAACCUACUGAAGUCUCCAAUUCUAAAGCAGUUCAACGACGAUACCAACGAUAGUUUGGAUGCACAAAUUCAGGCUGCCAAGGAGAAUGAGUUUGAUAUGAUUGAAUGCAGUCUACAAGUUAUCGGCGAGGACGAUGAGGUGAUCAACGAGAUCUCGGUCAAUGCGGAGAUUACCUAUAACCCAUAAACAAUUUCUGGCAUCGCACAAAAUCAAUGUAGGUAUAUUUUUUUAGUAGCCCACAGCUAGCCCACAUUCUAGUUAUCUCGUAUGUUCUCGAUAUUUCGUGCAUGUGCCGAUACUUUAAUAAAAAUUUAUGAAAAUAAAUGGAAAUUGUUGAAUGAUUUUGCAAAAAAUCUAACCAUUUCGGUGUUUUACAAAACCGAUUUGUAAUCACUGUUGUUUUGACUAGCGUCAGACAUGAGCUUAAUAUUUAUGUGGAAACAAAAAUGUAUCAAUUGGUUAAUUAGGUCUUUUGAACUUUUAUUCCAUUAACGACAAUCUCUAUGAAAACCGGUUUGGCAAUGCGAGCGAACCACCUCAAACCGGUUUGACAUGAACGCAUCGCUAUCAGUUAGGACAGGAUUAUUG